GUUCGAAAAGAAGGGCGUGCUAACGCGGGGAGCAUGUCGCUCGUCAAGUCCUUAGUGAUGGAGGUUCGUCCCCGAUUGCAAUCGGUGAACGUUUACGUCAUACUCGCCAAAGCCGACUCGGUCACUGUACGUCUAAAUACCGAUCAUUUCGAGCUGAGAUCCGCCACCCUCAACCGAAAGGUGCGCUGUGCCGAUUUUCGCAUUGUACCCGAUAGUUUAAGCGGACUCGUUUGCGCCGGCGAUCAACUGACAUUUCGGUUCGGCACCGAAAACCGUCGUGGCGAUUUGGGGACGCUAAAGUGCGAAUUACUGCCGACGACUACUACCGAUCGAAUUCCGCCGAGAAAACCGUUCUUGCGGCAAGGCGAAACGUACGGCAUUUCGUGCGCGGAGUGUUCCGGGGCGUUGGCGCCUCCGAUCCGUUUCGACAGUGCGCUACCCGUGCCAGAAAACGGCGAUAAGUCCGAUUGGUUUUGCCACUCGCACGUGGCUCUCGCCGAUCUGCAACCGAAGCGCACGCAAGUCUUGUACGGCGAUUACUUCGCGUAUCUCGACUCGACCGUACUCCAACUCGUUACCGACGACUCGACGUUGUACUGCCCCCAGUGUUCGUCGUGGAUUGGAACUCGAGAGAAGGGCGCCUGCAAGGUUUGGUUCAACACUGCGAAUUUCGGCGCCGGAGUCGAGAACGGCGCGUUAAUCGACGUGAUUGCGAUGCUUAAGCUGUGCUGCCAUGCGCCUUUUAGUCCCGUCCGAGUGGUGCUACAGUGUCACGAUCCUAGGAAUCCGGCCGAUGUCAUUUUGCUUUGGAUUAUGGAGAGGAACUUGACUUUGGACAUUGAUGACGUUAAGUCUAUCGUGGCCAAAGUCUUGUUUCGAGUGGAAAACAAAACAUCGGACCUGGCAUCGGAGUGGUUCUCCAAUGUAAACGUGAUUGUGUAUGACGUAUCGAAACCGAUGUUAUCCAAAUUAAGUGAGCAUUUAUACGACAUGGGUCGUUACAUUCCUAAAGAUUUCAAUGUUUCAAAUGACUUCAAUGUUUCUUACAUUUUGUGUAAUAAAAUAGUUCAGUAAACGAGA